AUGCCCAUCACAGAGGCCGUUAUCCCCCUGGAGGUGUGGGCCAAGAUCCGCGCCCUGAGCUCAGCAAGCCUCGACAAAGCCAUGGGGCUCAUUGAGGGGGCGUCGUGGAAGGACCCCAAGGUGGAUGAGGGGAUGUCGAUCACCACCGCCGUGGUCGAGGGCAGCAAGAACCACGCGCUCAAGGCGACGAUGGAGAUACCAUACCCCGUCCACUGCUGUUUCGGGGCCCUUGUGGCGAUGAACAUCAACGUUGACGAGACCAACAGCCAGGCCCUCCGCAAGUCGACGCUUUUCCGCCGCGAGACGCUGGAGUCUCCAGCCGACGCCGAGACGAAGAGAGCCUAUGCAGGCUAUGCCCAGCAGAAGACGGCCCAGGACUUCCCCGAGGUCAGGGAGAUCUCUAGCGUCUCCCAGUUUGUCACCACGUCUCCCUCUGCGAUUGUCGCCCACCGCGAGUUUCUCACCGUCCUCAACUUCAGGGAGCUCCCGAAGGCGGAGGGGAGGCGCCGAAUCCUCUACUCGUUCAUGAGCCCAGAGCUCCCGGAGCUUCUCGCCCUUUACCCAGAGGCGACCAAGCAGGAGGGCUGGGUCCGCGGAGUCGUCCACAUCAGCGCCUUCCUUUUUGAGGAGACGGCCCCGGGCAGCGGAAAGACAGCCGCCACGUUUGUCUGCCAUAGCGAUCCUAUGGGAAAGGUCCCGGCGCUGCUUGCCAACUCGGUGAUUGUCAACCAGGCGAAGUCCCUGCUCAGCAUUGUUAAGGUCAUCGAGACCGGGCAGGUCCAGAAGUGA